CCCUGCCCUGACGUGUUCCAGUUCCCGCUCUUCUCCGCUCAGUUCGGGCGGGAGCUGCGCGAGGAGGCGGAGCUUCGAGGGGGGUGGGCGGAGCAUCACGAGGUGCUCUCGUGGGCGGUGCCCCUCUCGGCGCUGCAGUUGGAUUCCGUCCUGCAGGGGGCGCUGCGGGAGCUCCUCCCCCCCAUCGCCCGCCGGCUCUUCCCGGGAUACGCCCCCAAGGGCCGGACCGUGCUGAGCUCCGUGGUUCGGUAUGACCCCGCCCCUUCCGGCCACGCCCCCUCCGGCCCCUCCCCCUCGGCCCCGGCCCGGCCCUCGGCCACGAUCAGCCUGAGCGUCAGCCUGAGCCCCGCCCACGGCGGCGGCUGGCUGUUCCCCCGCUACGGCUGCGUGGCCCGCGCCCCCCCCGGGCUGGGCCCUGCUGCACCCCGGGCGCCUGACGCACCUGGCACAAGGGGUGAGCCCCGCCCACGGCGCCAGGUACGAGCUGGCGCUGCUGAUGGACCCCUGAGUGUCCCCAGACUGGGGACAUCGGGGACAUCGAGGGACACUGGGGACGUCUGGGAGUCAGCUGUGGCCUCGUGCUCCUCACGGACCCCCGAGUGUCCCCAAAGGGUGACACGGGGACAUCGUUGGGGACAUCGUCGGUGACCGAGCUCUGCCAGGGGCUGGCCCUGCUGAUGGAGCCCUGGGUGUCCCCAAAACGGGACCUUGGGGACAUCUGGGGACAUCGGGGACAUUUGGGACUCAGCCCCGCUACGGCCUCGUGCUCCUCAUGGACCCUGACUGGGGACAUUGGGGACAUUUGGGGACAUCGGGUCCCACCCCAGUGUGGCCUCGUGCUCCUCAUGAGCCCAUUUGGGACAUUGGGGACAUUUGAGGACAUUGGGGACAUUGGGGACAUUUGGGGACAUUGGGGUCCCAUCCCCCCACCUCGGCCUGGCCCUGCCCUUGGACCUCUGAGUGUCCCCAAAAUGGGGACCUUGGGGGGACACCCUGGGGGACAUUGAGAGGACCCCAAAUUGGGACCUUGAGGGACCCCCAGGACCUUGGGGACACCCAGGGGACCUGGG